AGGCGGGACUUCCGGGCAGCGGGUGGCGUUGGGACCUCUGUCUGUAAGUCCUGGGAGGCCCUCAGCACGAGGUCGGUGCUGCUGGCUUGGGGACCUGAGCGGUCUGUGGGGCGAGGUUCGCAGAGAAGUGGUUGGGUUCGCUACAGGUAAGACCGUCCUCGGUGCUGUUCCUGCCCCAGGAAGGGUGGGCGGCCUCCGUCAUGGACUAUCGGCAGCUCCUGAUGAGCCGGGUGGUGCCCGGCCAGUUUGACGACGCGGAGACCUCCGACAGAAAACGGUUAUGGAGAGUGAGUGGAGCAGAGAGACCAGCUCAGAAGUAAUGAAGUCGGUAGGUUCCAAGUGAAAACACAGAUUUGAAGACAAUCAAAGCAGAAGAUGGCAUUCUGUUUGAAGAUCUUCAAAAUAACAUGACUGAGAAGAAGGAUGAAAGUGAGAUAGAAGAGGAGGAGGAAGAGCAGGACUAUGAUGAUGAUGCUGACUGGGACUGGGAUGACGGAGUUGGGAAACUCACCAAGGGCUGUGCCUGGAGUGGAAGGAGUAACCCACAGGCAAAUCGACAGACUUCCAACUGCAGCGUGGCGAAAAUGUCUACUCCAGCUGACAAAGUUCUACAGAAAUUUGAGAAUAAAAUUAAUCUAGAUAAGCUAAAUGUUACUGAUUCUGUCAUAAAUAAAGUCACCAAGAAGUCUAGACAGAAUGAAACAGACAUGUAUCGCAUCAAAGAUAAGGCAGACAGAGCUACUGUAGAACAGGUUUUGGAUCCCAGGACAAGAAUGAUUUUAUUCAAGCUGUUGACGAGAGGGAUCAUAUCAGAGAUAAAUGGCUGCAUUAGCACAGGAAAAGAAGCUAAUGUGUACCAUGCCAGCACAGCAAAUGGAGAGAGCAGAGCAAUCAAAAUUUAUAAAACUUCGAUUUUGGUGUUCAAAGAUCGGGAUAAGUAUGUAAGCGGGGAGUUCAGGUUUCGUCAUGGCUACUGUAAAGGAAACCCUAGAAAAAUGGUGAAAACUUGGGCAGAAAAAGAGAUGAGGAACCUGAUCAGGUUAAACACAGCAAAGAUACCAUGUCCCGAACCGAUAAUGCUAAAAAGUCAUGUUCUUGUCAUGGGUUUCAUUGGUAAAGAUGACAUGCCUGCACCACUCUUGAAGAAUGUUGAGUUAUCAGAGUCCAAGGCUCGGGAGUUGUAUCUGCAGGUCAUUCAGUACAUGAGAAGAAUGUAUCAGGACGCCAGACUCGUCCACGCGGAUCUCAGUGAAUUUAACAUGCUGUACCACGGUGGCGGUGUGCACAUCAUUGACGUCUCCCAGUCUGUGGAGCACGACCACCCCCAUGCCCUGGAGUUCCUGCGGAAGGACUGUGCCAAUGCCAACGGUUUCUUUAUGAAGCACGCUGUUGCUGUGAUGACUGUGCGGGAGCUCUUCGAGUUCAUCACAGAUCCGUCCAUCACGCCGGGGAACGUGGACGCUUACCUCUCCAAGGCCAUGGAAGUAGCCUCGCAGAGGACUAAGGAGGAUCGGUCCAGCCAGGAGCAUGUGGAUGAAGAGGUGUUCAAGCGAGCCUAUAUUCCCAGGACCUUGAGCGAGGUGCAGAAUUACGAAAGGGACGUUGAUGUGAUGAUGGAGCUGAAGGAGGAGGACAAGGCCGUGAACGCGCAGCAGGACAGCGUGCGUAGCGCGGCUCCCUGUAUUCUAUACCAGACUGUCACAGGAUUGAAGAAAGAUUUGUCAGGAGUUCAGAAGGUACCCUCGCUCCUAGAAAAUGAGGAUCAAGAAAAGACCUGUUCUGAUUCAGAAGAUGCCGGGAGCUCAGUGCCCUCUGACAGUGACUCUGAGGAGCAGCGGGGCCAGAAGCACACCAUGGAGCCUGAUGUGGACAGGAAGGAAAGAAAAAAGAUGGUGAAGGAAGCCCAGAGAGAGAAAAGGAAAAACAAAAUUCCUAAACAUGUGAAGAAAAGAAAGGAGAAAACAGCCAAGACCAAAAAAGGCAAAUAGGGCGGAGCCACACUCCGCUCACUGUGGCCUCCGGCCUCUCUUCUUCCCCCGGGAGCUGCUGCUGGGCGCCCUGUCUGGAUGGGGCCGAGCCUGGCUGAGCCCGAGCCCCUGUGUCUGGGCAGCCACGCGAGCCCCCCGAGCUGGGCUGUCAGCUUCCGUCACCAACCGUGCCAUAGACAGAGCAUUGAUGUGAUGAAGAACUUUAUAGGGUUUUAGUUUUAUAUAUUUUUUCUGCUGCCAAAUAACGUUUCGGAGGCAUCCGAAAUGUGUAACCAUGCUGCACAUCCGGGACCUUUACGGAGGUGAGGGUAAAGGCUCUCUGGGCAAACAGGAAGGUGGGUUUUCAGCCACACACACCUGAGUCACUGAUUAUGCGUCCUGGUUCCUGUAAGAGGGAGCUUCGAUCUUCAGCACAUUGAUGAGCUUGCCCGCCACAGCUGUCCUCAGCCCUGAUCCGCAGUCACACGCAGGUGGCAUCUUUCUCAUUCUUUGGUUCCUCAGCUGUUUCCGUACAGCCAUUCUGUGUGUUCUUUCAUUGAAUAAGUUGAGUAUCUGAGGCUCUAGGUAGAGCAGUGAAGGACACAGACACCUGUGGUAGCUGGCAUGUAACAGGAAGGUUGUGCGCUAGAGCGUGGGGUUGUCAGGAGGCCAUGGCUCUCUGCUGAGGAGGAUGCCUGGCACGGAGAUCUGCAACCUGUUUCCUCUUUUGCUGUCUGUCAGCUGCACAGAACAGUGGGUUAGUGUGGCCUGCUCAUCCAUGUGUAUGAAAUACUGGGGAAAUUUUAUUUCUCACCCCGCUUUGCCUCCCCCCAUUCCUUUCCUGUCCUUGUGUUUCUCUUCUACUUUCAUGUCUCUCUUUUUCUUUAUGAUUUCAUAUACCCGGUGCGUCUCGUGCAGAUAGGGCAGGUGCAGGGCCGAGGUCCCAUCCACCUCCGCUGGCCUUCCUAGGGCUCCGGGCUCCGGGCUCUGUGGGGAGCCCGUGGCUGCAGCUGCCCGGCGGGCUGGUGGGCAGCGGUGUCCCCUCCUCCUGCGUCAGUACCAGCUGGGUAUGUCAGGCCCGGUGCUUCAGAUAAAUAAGUGGAGAAGGAGCAAACGAUUGAUUGCAAAUGUCUUAAUAAUGAGCAAAUAUGUCAGGAAAAAAUGUAUUAAGACAAAUGGCCAUGGAAACAGUUCCUCCCAGCAGGAUGGAUGUGUAGCAGAUCCUGCGGCAGAGAGCAAAGCUGCUCAUCUGCAGACUCGGGCUGAGCAAACUGCAGUUCCUGCCUCAGCUCAGGGAGCAACAGUUAGGGAGACUGCAGGGCCUGCAGAUGCAGAAGGUGUCAUCGAUUCUCAUAAACGUAGAGAAACCCUUUCACCAAGAGCCUCUUACAGAAGGACACUGAACUCACUUCCCUCCGAUGUGCCUGGUGUUACAAGAUUGAAGACGAGAAGUGGGAGGAGUGAGGAAGGCCGCUAGCAUCGCCUCAGCAGGACCAGCGAGCAUACCGCAGACGAGCAUACCGCAGACGACUGGGGCAGUGCGUGCACGCGGCAGUUCUCCGACCCAGCCUCGCUCUAAGCCUUCCCCAGCCACGCUGAAGCACUGCAGCCUUCUACACUGAAUCGUAGAAUGGAGUACGUGUGAGAGCAAUGACAGAUUUGAGCUGACAGCUAUGGUACACUUUUGAAAAGUAAAGAUUUAUGCUGAAUAUAGAAGAGAAUUUGGAAGUAAAAAGGAAGGUUUUUCCAUUUAUAUGUUUACAGUCAUCGCAUGUUGAAGUUUAGAUUUUCUGUUGUCUUUAUGCUGCAUGCAAACAUAUUUGUCUUUCAUUCUUGUUGGCUUUUGUUACCAACAUAGUACUAAUCUAAAAUAGAUACAUUUGUUUUCUAAGCUAUGUUUCGAAUCAGACUUUUUACUGCCUUCUUCUGUGUUAAUUUUAUUUGAAAUUUUGUACACUGAAAGCUCUAAAGAUACAUUCACGUUUAAAAGAUUUCAUUUGUCAGAGAAAAUGUA